GUUCCCCGCGGGCGGCCCGGAGCCGACGAGGCGCUCUCCGCCCCGCCCCCACUGUGCACUCCUUCACCGUUGGGCCCUUCCUCCCCGCUGCCCCGGUUUCCUAGUGGCUGUUGACGUCUGUCUGGCGCGCCUGACUCCACGGCGUGUACACGUCCUUCCGAGUUAUGGCUUCCUUAUGGGCGCAGUGGCUCCGGCCGCGAUGAGCUUGGUUGUGAGGAACCUGCAGCGGGCGGUGCCCCUGAGGCGGGCGCGGCUCCGCGAGAAGGUGCAGGCGGUGCGGAGAGCCCUGGGGGUGCAGAGGUUCGACCUGGGGGUCGUCUGUGUCGACAACAGAAAGAUUCAGCAGAUUAAUAGAAUCUACAGAGACAAAAAUACCCCAACAGAUGUGCUUUCCUUUCCAUUUUACGAGAACCUGAAAGCAGGGGACAUUCCGCAGCCUGAGUUUCCAGAUGACUAUAAUUUAGGAGACAUCUUCCUGGGAGUGGAGUAUAUCUUCCAGCACUGCAAAGAGAAUGAAGAUUACUAUGACAUCCUGACUGUGACUGCCACCCACGGGCUCUGUCACCUGCUGGGCUUCACACACAGCACGGAGGCCGAGUGGCAGAAGAUGUACCAGAAGGAGAAGCAGGUUCUCGAGGAGCUGAGCAGGUACACAGGGACCAGGCUUCAGCCCCUGAGCAGGGACCUCUUCUGACCGAAGUGCUGCCGUGUGGAGGGAAAGUGGAUCCCGCCCGCCCCGGGCCCCCGGGGUCAGGGCUCCCCGCGCGGAGGUCCCUGCUGGCCAUUGCUGUCCUGUGGGGCUGCACAGGUGCCAGCCCUGGCAGGCGCUGAAUUCCACGAGUGGAAUUUGCCUCUUAAAACACGAGAGGAGGGCUUCCCUGGUGGCGCAGUGGUUGGGAGUCCGCCUGCCGAUGCAGGGGACGCGGGUUCGUGCCCUGGUCCGGGAGGAUCCCACAUGCCGCGGAGCUGCUGGGCCCGUGAGCCGUGGCCGCUGAGCCUGCGCGUCCGGAGCCUGCGCUCCGCAACGGGAGAGCCCACAGCAGUGAGAGGCCCGCGUACCGCAAAAAACAAAAACAAAAACAAAAAACAUGAGAGAAAUUUCCACUCAUUUCUUUGUUCAGGACACAGUAGGUGUGUUAUUUUCAGUGUUGUAAAUAAAAUAGUUCCAAGUGCUCAGGAUGCAGAGGUGGGGCGUGUCGGCCGCCUCCCCCCUGGGGCUCUGCCUUUGACAAAGAGGCAUCUCCCACGUCUGCAUCCCUUCAGGACAAAUCAAGCAGCCCAGGUGGGCCUGCCCCCACUUCCUGUUGGAAUCCUGCUGGAUUCGGUCCCAUGCAGUUCUCAGGAGCGCUGGGGCCUGGAGCCUUUGCUUGGUGCCUCUGCAAGGUGAGGGACAAGGCUGACCCUCGAGGUGGCCGCAGGGCCAGGCCUACCCACCGCAGGGCACCCUCAGCACGCCUCCUGCCGUCACCCACCCAUACCCAUCGGUCGCGGUCAGGCAGUUGCUCACAGACUGUGCUCGAGUCCAUUGCCGUGGCCCCGGCAUGGCAGAGCUCCGACUGCCAUGUCCCAUCCUCCUGUAGGAAAGCCUCCCUCCUGUCAGUAUAUCCUGCCGUGUGAAUAUGAAAAUAAACCCAGGAGUUUACCCCAGAGCUUUA